AUGGUCAAACAGGCAGACAGUAGUUUUUUCCUUAUUGAAUCUCAUGUGGCUUUUGAUAGUCAUCAUCCAGAGUACCAUACUCACUUCCAGCGGAUCCGUACAGAGGAGGGUAGGGUGAUUCCGGUUCCCCUUGGUCCAUCAAUUCCUCGUCGUGACAGAAGUCACUUGUACGAAAGGUAUUGUCGGCUAAUGCUGAUUUUUUUCAAACCUUGGUACUCGGCCACGGAUUUGAGAACAAAAGGAGAAACAUGGUCAGCUGCCUUUAAGAUAUUUUUCAACAAUAAUCCUCGGUGGCAACAACAUUUAGACAACAUGCAAAUUUUGCAUGAAUGCCGAGAUAGCAGAGACAACCAUUUUGAACAUAGGAGA